UUCCCACCCGCCGCCACCCCCACCCCGCGGCGGCUCCCCCCCGAUCCGACGGCCCCCGCGCGCGCCACGUCGCCGUCGUCUUCCUCCCCCACCCCACUAUUUACCCUCCGCCCCACGCGGCCGGUCGCCCCACCUCCCCCCUUUCCUUCCCGUCCCCUCCGAAUCGGCGCGCUAGGGUUAGGGUUUCGCUGCAUCCGCGUACACGCGUGUUCCGCCUAGGCCCGGGUGGUUCCGGCGUAGGUGGGAAGCCCUAUGGCGAUCGUGAGGACCGGCGCCGGCGUCCGGCUCCCGAGGCUUGACGGCGGCGGGGAGGGCUCGCCGGAGGCCACGGAGGACGACGAGGAGUCGCGGGCCACGCCGUCGCAGGAGUCCGGGGCCGACGGCUUCUCCGGCGGCGAGGAGGAGGAGGGGGAGGAGGAGGAGGAGGAGAAUGGCGGCGGAGGUGAGGAACCAGAGGAGGCGGAGGAUGAGUUAGGCGAGGAGGAGUUGGAGCUGGAGGAGGAGGAAGAGGAGGGGGACUCGGGGAUGGGUUCCGACGAGCUGGAGGUCACGGAGCUCGGGGAGCCUGGCGCCGAGAUGUGCCAGGUUGGGGACCAGAGCGUUGCCGUGCCGCUGGAGCUCUACGACCUCGCCGGCCUCAGUGAUGUGCUUUCGCUCGACGCCUGGAACACCCUCCUUAGCGAGGACGAGCGAAUCCGUCUCGCCGCCUUGCUGCCCGACAUGGACCAGGAGACCUUUGCCCGCACCCUAGUUGAGCUCCUCUCAGGACAGAACUUCCACUUUGGGAGCCCCCUCGCCGCCCUCUUCAAGCAGCUCAAAGGGGGGCUGUGCGACCCCAGGGUCAACCUGUACCGCCGUGGCACCCGCUUUGCGGAGCGGCGCAAGCAUUACUACUGGCUGCAGAGCUACCACAACUCAAUGGUGCGGGGUCUGUGGGAGAUCAAGGAUUGCUGGAAGGGCCGUGAGGGGUACAGCCUUGAUGAGAGGCUGAGGAUGUUGGAUGCUUUGAAGGCAAAGCAGCAGCAGAGAAAAGCUUUGGCUUUGGCUUGGCGAUCUGGGUCAGAGACUGAUUCGGGGAGCAGGGAGUCUGGGAAACAGGUCUUAAAUCAGCUGAAGCUAGAUAAGAUUGGACAGAAGAAGGCAGGGAAGUUAGCGAAGGAGAGGUCUAAAGGCUUGCUGCGGGUGAAUAUGCUGAAAGGAGUUGAUGAAGAGUAUGGGGAAGGGUCUGGCCGUGAUGCUGCAGUAGCGCUUUCUCGUCAAGACAAUGUGUAUGGAUAUGAUUCGGGCACACAUAGAGGGAAGCUUCAUAGGAGCAUAGAUGGCCUUUACUCGGAGGAGCUAGGAUAUGAACGGGAUUCGUCCAGAACUCGGUUUCCGAGGCUGCUGCCGAAGCCAGUAAAGAAGAAGGAAUUGACUACGAGCUAUGAUGGCAAUCUGUACGGAAACAACUACCAUGAUAACAAUAAUGCUUCUCCAUACUACUAUGGCAGGAAUCCCGGUCCUAAUCAGGGAGUCACUCUAGCAGCAGCAUAUGAUCCUCCAUAUUUUGACACCAGAAGGAAUGCAAGGUACUCGGAGAGGGACUGGGUACAGGGUGGAAAAGGUGUGCAGAGUAAAGCACUAACAGGGGAUGAAAUGCACUGGACUGCUAGUACCCACACUGGCCAAGUAGAUGACUGGCAAAAAGGGAAGUUGGCAGGUGAUUACAGGAGCAGGAAAGAUCAAGCUGGCUAUGGUCUGAAGGUUAAGUCCUAUAAAAGCAUCGAGCAACAGACUAAUGAUGCUCGCAUUGGGUCAGACCCUAGAAGCAAGAUAUCACAGGUGAAGAUGGCAGGUAAAUCCAGUAGCCAAUUUGAUAGGAUUAGCCAGAAACACUCCAGGGGCAAUGCUGCCUAUUCUCAAAGUGAGGAGACAGAAUCUGAUUCAUCAGAACAGUUUGAAGAUAGUGGGGACGUGCAUUUUCUUGAACGGAAGCCAGAGCAUCACCAUUCUGGAUUUCAUAGACAAGCACAUGGUGUCAAAAAGUCAAAAAAACUUUCUAAAGUGGUCAAAAUGAACUAUCCUACUGCUGGUGCAGAUUUAGAACCCUCUCGGAGCAAAGGAUUCAAAGGAAAGGUUUCAGAGGCUGGUUAUUUACGUGAUGUGGAUGUGAAGAUGACGGAACAGAUUAGUGAUGUCAUGAAACCUCCAGCAGCCAGUGGUGAAAGGAAGCGGAAAGGGAUGGCAAAUUUGGAAACACAUGUUCAUGAUAACUCCGAACUGCAUGAAAUCAAUGAAAAUGCCAAUGAUUCAUUCAGGCUAACAGAAAGUGAAAGGCUUGCCAGUAAAUCAGGCCAUGCAAUCCAAGAUUCUAAUGGUGAUUUUGGUGGUACUGAAAGAGUAAGUGGUAGCUCUGGGUCCAAAAAAACAAAAGGAAGAGUUGAAGUUCCUAGCCUGGAUGAGCACAGUGAGCAUGUGCCAUCUGGUCCAAAAAUGGCCGACAACAUCAGUGGCUCGAAGAAGAAAAGCAAAAAGAAGCCAGAGAGCACCACAGACGCAGUUACUGUAGCAGAACCAGCUGCUGAUGUGCCGGAAGAUAAUGUAGUAGCAGUAGAGCCUGAGAAGAUUGAGAAGCCCAAGAAGAAGUAUGUACCAAUAUCACCAACUAUCCAUACCGGCUUUUCAUUCUCCGUUGUACAUCUUUUAACUGCUGUAAAGAAGGCUAUGGUCUCUCCUGCUGAGGAUACUCCAGCAGCAGCGAAGCAACCUGAUGGAGAGGACGGCAAAAAAUGGUUCAACAAUGAAGAGCAAAACAAAACGCCUCAAGAACAAAGUAUGACAGAACAAGCUCAACAGGUUCUUGAUGGUGCAGAUGCCAGUGCCGCAGAGCAGAAUGUACCAAGCAAUUCACUAGCACUUACUGUUCAAGAGAUCGUCAAUCGAAUUAGAUCAAAUCCUGGAGAUCCUAGGAUACUUGAAACCCAGGAGCCCCUCCAGGAUUUAGUUCGAGGAGUAUUGAAGGUACUGUCAUCUAGAACAGCUCCUCUAGGUGCAAAGAGCUGGAAAGCACUAGUUGCCUAUGAAAAGUCAAACAAAAGUUGGUUCUGGGUUGGUCCAGUACCUUCUGUUUCAUCAUAUGAUGAUCCUGAUGAAGAAACUUCUGCAGAAGCAUGGUGUAUACCGCACAAGAUGCUUGUGAAGUUGGUUGAUGCAUUUUCUAAUUGGCUGAAAAGUGGUCAGGAAACCCUCAAGCAGAUAGGAUCCCUUCCACCACCUCCACCACCAAAUCCUGCAAACUUGGAUUUGAAGGAAAGAUUCAAGGAGCUUAGAGCCCAGAAAAGUCUUAACACAAUAAGCCCAAGCUCAGACGAAGCAAGGGCAUAUUUCCAGCGUGAGGAAUUUUUGAGGUACUCCAUACCUGAUAGAGCCUUUUGCUAUACUGCUGCUGAUGGGGAGAAGUCUAUAGUUGCUCCCUUGAGAAGAGGAGGUGGAAAGCCCACUGCUAAAGCUAGGGGUCACCCCAUGCUCUUACCUGAUCGUCCGCCACAUGUUACUAUCCUCUGUCUUGUAAGAGAUGCUGCUUCUAGGUUGCCUGCAAGAACUGGAACUAGAGCUGAUGUCUGCACACUACUCAGAGAUUCACAAUACCUAAACCAUGAAGAAGCCAAUAAAGAGGCUGCUAUUAAUCAAGUCGUCAGCGGUGCUCUUGAUCGCUUGCACUAUGAACGUGAUCCUUGCGUACUGUAUGAUAAUGACAAAAAAUUGUGGACCUAUCUACACAGGGGUAGGGAGGAGGAAGAUUUUGAGGAUGAUGGCACGUCAUCUACGAAAAAAUGGAAGAGACCGAGGAAAGAUCCCUCUGAUCCGGCAGAGCCAGGUGCAGCAAACGAUGAUUUUGAUGAUGAUGGCACUGGCACCCCUUUGGCGAACAAUGCAAAAAAGCAAAAGACAGACCAUGGCGAUCCUACAGUAUCAGGAGAAGCUAACGAUGAGGGAGAUAAUGCAACUCAGAAUCCAUCUUGUGGUGGCCUCGAGGGUGAUCCUGAUCUUAAUGUUCCAUCAUCAAAAAAUUACGAAGAAUCAGUUGGAGUUGUUUACAUUGAUGCAAGACCAGAUGAUGCUGGUUCGAAUUCAGUAGAUGCAAAACCAGGCAGCAGGGCUGAUGAUAACCCAGCAAGUUGGCAGUCAGUCCCAGAACAGAAUAAAAACAGCACGGCACUUCCUGAGAACACCAGCAUGGAUGCUACCCUGUCAUGAAUAAUAAUAACAUCAUGGCUCAGUGAGCAGCACAUGUGUUGAAGCGUCAGCAUAGGGUAGAAACUAGAAAGCAGUGUUCAUCUUGUUGCUAUAUGUUUGGACAUGGACACCAUAGCAAGCAUCAUUAUAUGAGGCCUCAGACUCCGCCAGAAUCAAUCUUUUGUAGUUGAGAUAGCCUGUACAUUCUUGUCAUAAUUUAAAUGAGUUUCUGUAGUUUAUUACUCUCUUUUUUCUAGUGGUCUUGUGCAGCUGCUAUGCCGCAAUUCUAAUGUGAAGUUGUUAGGCAUCUCAUGUACUUUGUGUGUUCAUGUUCGGAUGAAAUGAUAUAGAAAGUUCAGUAGUGCACAUACGAAUGGCGCUGUCAUGAAAAACCGAGGUAAUGUUAACUACUGCUGAGAGCAGCAGCUGUCACAAAUUAUGUAUACUUUGUUACCAUGCUGCCUCGAUGCCCUUGGGAAGAGCAGCCAGCGAAGCGACCGUUACCGUCU